CCUCGGCCUCCCAAAGUGCUGGGAUUACAGGUAUGAGCCACCGCACCUGGCCUCCCAUAGCACUUUCAUUACAUGCCUACACAUUGAGUCAUCUUAGAUGGCAACUAGGGCUUUUCUUCUUUCGACUCUUCUUUUCUCCUUGCAUUCCUUCACCGGCAACUUCGUGUUUAACAAAUGCUUAGAACACACUUACUAUGUGACAACCACUGCAAAUAUUGGAUAUUCAAAUCCCCCAAUAACCUCACUAGAAGAGUACUAUUGCUACUCCAUCUGAUUUCACAAAUAAGGAAACUAAGUCAAUUAGAGGUUAAGUAAAUUAACCAAUAUAACACAGCUAGUACAGGGCAGAACUGACAUUCAAACCCUAACUCCAGAGUUCUGGCAAAUGAACAACUAACAAUGCUAAUUUUUCUGGAGGUAACAGGAUAUCUCCAAAGUACUAGAAUUAGGACUAGGAAGAAGGUUUUUUAUUGUAUAUGUACGAGGAAGUAUGGGGAACAAAAGCAAAAUAUUACAAUGUUGAGAUACUAUCUUGCUUUAUAAGCUGAACCUGUUUUGCAGCAUCUUUCUGAAUUCUUUCUGCAAACAGGUAUCAGAUAAAUAGGAGUAAUUUUGUAAGCCACCUUCUUCCCAGUGGCUCUUGGUUAAGGCCAUUUUCCUCUGAGGUCUGUGAAUAGGAGCCUGAAUGACUAACAUUUGGUUAAUUAUUAAUAGAGUGGUUAACACAUAGGCUUUAAAGUUCAGACGAUUUGGGUAACAGUCUCAGCUCUGCCUAGAUGUGUGGUCUUGGCAACUUACUUGACAUCUCUGAGUCUCAGAUUCCUGAUUUAUAAAAUGAGAAUAGUCACUGCAUCUACCACUGUAUUUAUCAGUCAGGAUGAGCUUAUGCCAGAGUAACAGGCAUCUUGCAUUUAUCAGUGGUUCAGUACAACCAAGGUUUGUUUUUCAUUCAAGCUUAUGUUCACUGCAGGUUAGCAGUAGGGAUUUGCCCAUUAUGGUUACUCAGGGACAUGGGCGGAUGGAUCCUCCACCUAGACCAAUGGUUCUCCACCUCAGCACUCUUAACAUUUUGGGGCCAGAUAGUUCUUUGUUGUGAGGGAUGUCCUGUGCAUUGCAGGAUGUUUAGCAGCAUCUCUGACCUCUACGGACCAGCUGCCAGUAGUACCACUUCCCCCAGCAGUGACAACCCAAACUAUCUGCAGAAAUGUCCAAUGUCCCAUGGGAAGCAGAAAUCACCCCUGGUUGAGAAUCACUGAUUUACACAUGCACUGCCAUAAGCAGAACAAUCAGAAUGGCUGAAAAAAAGGAAAGGUUGAACAGAACACCGGCAAUGAAAUGCUCCCACAUGAAAAUGACAUACUCACUUUUCCUCAGUGUGGAUUGACUAAAGCUGGCCACUUGGCCAAAUCCAACUUCAAGGAGGUAGGAAGUACAGUAUUAUUGUAAAUCAGGAAGGGGGAGAGCUGAAAUACCUGUCAACAGUUCUAAUAAACAACCAUCUAAGGCUGUUGAGAGGAUUAAAUGAAAUACUGCAUGUGAUGUGUUUAACACAGUGCCAGGCAACAAUAAGAAGAGUUCACUACUUAGGAACCAUUGAUAUUAGAACACAAUGCAGGGCUGGCCAGGCUGGGAAGAAUGGAGCUAUAGGUCAAACUGGCUCUACCAACAGCUCCUUUGUAGGGACAUAGAAUUCACACCUCACUUGUUAGAGCUUUCUUUUAUCUAAAGGCCAGGAGAGGUUGGUUAAUUUGUGGUGCUUAAUUGCAAAGAGUGCUCUUAUUAAUCAAUAUUGUUGGUCAAUUGAAGAUUCCUAUUAUUAUUUAACAUUCCUAUUAUUAUUUAACAAUAACAGCAUCAGCAAAGAACCUGGUUGAACCCUGCCUAAAAGCAGUCCAGCCUCUUAGUUAGUAAGCUAACCUUCUUACUCUGGUGUUCUAGCCACUCAAGCCUUCUUCUUUGAAUACACCAUAGAUACCAUCUUUUCUAGCUCAGGGUCUUUUAUUUCUCCUGUCUAGAAGGCUCCUGUCCCAUUUAUCUAGUUAAUUCUUACUAAUUUGUUUACUUUUCAGAAAAGCACUCCUGACUUCUCAGGCUAGAUAUUCCCUCCUCCACCCUCACUCUAAUAAAUGUUCAUAGACCUGAAGCCUUUCCUUCAUCACACAUUACGAUUUAUAAUUAUAUAUUUACUUGUGGGAUUAAUUGAUUAGUGUCUGUCUCCCUUGCUGGUUUCCAAAUCAGUCAUGACUUUUUCUCCUUUGCUCACCUUAUAACCCCAGGGCCUUUCACCUGGAAUAUAGUAGGCACUCAAUAAAUAUAGAUUGAAUGAAUGAAUGAACAAAUGAAUGAAGGCAAAGUGAAUGAACGAAUGAAUGAAAGUGAAUGAAAGAAGGCAAAGUAAAUGAAUGAAUGAAGGCCAAGACUAAGCUCUAGUUCUACUGAUACCUGCUUUGAAAUCCUUCCUUUAAACCACGCUGCGAGUAACAAUGUACUCACCCCAACAAUACAUUUUCCAGGACAGGAAAGUGGGAAAAAGUCCUAACCUAAAAUGUCAGGUCCUUCACUUCCUUGAGGGCACUCCUAGCAGAAGGUAUGCCACCUGCACACACAGUGACCAAGUGCCUCACCCUGGCAUGCCACUACAGUAGCUGUGUUUGCACAGAGCUCCCAGUUCCUGGUUGGGAACCAUGGUGAAGAGUCUCUAAACAGAGCUGGCUGGGCAACCUCAAGCUGGAGCCCGGGGGCACAGCCUGAAGGCUGGGAGCACUGACAGGCCAUUUCCGAGCCCCAGGUGCUGCAGCAGAAUCACAGGAGGCAGUGUCUAUUGUCUUUGCUUCCUACACUGGAGUUCUGAAGACUAGUGCUUCUCAAAAUGUGCCCCCUGAACAGCAGCAUCAGCAUCACCUGGGAGUUCAUUAGAAAUACAGACUCUCAAACUGCAUGCAGACCUAUUGUACCAAACACUCUGAAGCUGGGGCCCAGCAAUCUGGAUUUUGACAAGCUCUUCAGAGGCUACUGUUUAAAGACAGGCAUUUUACUUGCAGCAAAAUGUAAUAUAGGAAGGAAGUUCGCUUGCUUUGCACAGAGGCUGAGCCACAGGAGAAAGCAAAGCCAAUGUGAUUUAUUGAAUGAAAGCACUGGACAAUUACCAACAACUUGUUCCUCUGCUGCCUCGAACAGCAUAAACUGGAAUUGUUGUGUGAAAAUGACCCAACAAAUGCAAAAUUUACAUCUCUGUCAGUCAAAAAAGCAUAGUGCUCCCUCAUCUCCCAACGCAGCCAAACGCCUGUACAGGAACCUCUCUGAGAAACUGAAGGGGAGCCACUCUUCCUUCGAUGAGGCCUAUUUUAGGACAAGAACUGAUCGGCUGAGUCUCAGGAAGACCUCAGUGAAUUUCCAGGGCAAUGAAGCCAUGUUUGAGGCAGUCGAACAGCAGGACAUGGAUGCUGUGCAGAUCCUCCUGUGUCAGUAUACACCAGAAGAACUCGACCUUAACACACCUAACAGCGAGGGCUUGACACCCCUGGAUAUUGCCAUCAUGACCAACAAUGUGCCCAUUGCGAGGAUUCUUCUGAGGACAGGGGCCCAAGAAAGUCCACACUUUGUCAGCCUGGAAAGCCGAGCAAUGCACCUCAACACACUGGUCCAGGAAGCCCAGGAGAGGGUGAGUGAACUGUCUGCCCAGGUGGAGAAUGAAGGAUUCACUCUGGACAACACAGAGAAAGAGAAACAGCUGAAAGCUUGGGAGUGGAGGUAUCGGCUCUACAGACGCAUGAAAACAGGCUUUGAGCAUGCCAGAGCCCCUGAGAUGCCAACCAAUGUCUGUCUCAUCGUAACCAGCAGCACAUCACUCACUGUCAGCUUCCAAGAACCUCUUAGCGUCAAUGCAGCUGUAGUUACCAGGUAUAAAGUGGAAUGGAGUAUGUCCAAAGACUUUUCUCCUUUGGCUGGAGAAAUCAUCAUGGAUAAUCUGCAGACUCUGAGAUGCACAAUCACAGGACUUACAAUGGGCCAACAGUAUUAUGUUCAAGUCUCGGCUUACAAUAUGAAAGGAUGGGGACCUGCUCAGACCACGACACCGGCAUGUGCCUCUCCUUCUAACUGGAAAGACUAUGACGACAGAGAGCCCAGACACAAGGGACAGAGUGAAGUUUUGGAAGGUCUGCUGCAGCAGGUCCGAGCCCUUCAUCAGCAUUACAGUUGCCGGGAAAGUACAAAAUUACAAACCACAGGCCGCAAGCAGUCAGUCUCAAGGAGCCUGAAACACCUGUUCCAUUCCUCAAACAAGUUUGUGAAGACCUUAAAACGGGGACUCUACAUAGCCGUUAUAUUUUAUUAUAAAGACAAUAUCUUAGUCACCAAUGAAGACCAAGUACCAAUUGUUGAAAUAGAUGACUCUCACACCAGUUCUAUUACACCAGAUUUUCUGUGGUUCACGAAGCUGUCUUGUAUGUGGGAAGAUAUAAGGUGGCUGAGACAAAGCGUACCAAUAUCCUCAUCCUCAUCCACAGUGCUGCAAACUCGGCAGAAGAUGCUUUCAGCAACAGCACAGCUACAGAAUUUACUUGGGACACACAACUUGGGAAGAGUUUACUAUGAACCCAUUAAAGAUCGACAUGGAAACAUACUCAUAGUCACCAUCAGGGAGGUGGAGAUGCUUUAUUCAUUUUUUAAUGGCAAAUGGAUGCAGAUCUCAAAGCUGCAAAGCCAGAGAAAGUCUCUAUCAACACCUGAGGAGCCAACAGCAUUAGACAUUUUACUGAUAACCAUCCAGGAUAUUCUCUCCUAUCACAAAAGGAGUCAUCAGCGUCUCUCUCCUGGAUUAUAUCUGGGUUACCUAAAGCUCUGUAGCUCUGUGGAUCAAAUCAAAGUUCUCGUUACCCAGAAGUUGCCCAACAUUCUCUGCCACGUAAAGAUCCGUGAAAACAAUAACAUUUCUAGAGAGGAAUGGGAAUGGAUCCAAAAACUUUCUGGCUCUGAAUCUAUGGAAAGUGUGGAUCAUACUUCUGACUGCCCCAUGCAAUUGUUCUUCUACGAGCUCCAGAUGGCAGUGAAAGCUCUCCUUCAGCAGAUCAAUAUACCUCUACACCAGGCAAGGAACUUCCGCCUCUACACACAGGAGGUGUUGGAAAUGGGUCACAAUGUGUCCUUUCUUCUCCUGCUCCCUGCCUCAGACGACGUCUGUACAGCCCCAGGACAGAAUAAUCCUUACACCCCACACUCAGGGUUUCUUAACCUCCCUCUUCAGAUGUUUGAACUUGGUAUAGUAGCUUGUUUCACCUAGAAAUAUUAACCCAGCCUCCUUAUAAUAAAAUCACAAAGUUAUAUCUGUUCCCCCUUGUCCCAGUGGAGGGUCAAUAAAUCACAUGAUGGCUUUGGCAACAACCCUUCCUAGAACUGUGUACAAGUCUGAGAAAAAGCAAAGCUCCAAGACUAUGUGCCUGAGCAAUAAUUAUUGAAACCUAGCAAAGGCCCAAUGGAGAAGAAGGAAUUCUAAACAGAAAGUUCAGUUAUCAGGC